AUGGAUGCUGCCAGUGAGAAAAGGGUGCUUCAAUUAAAUGAGAUGGAUGAAUUCCGCAAUGAAGCAUAUGAGAAUGUGAAGAUUUAUAAGGAGCGAACAAAAGCAUGGCAUGACAAACACAUAGUGCGCAAGGAGUUUCACGCUUGUCAAAAAGUCCUCCUCUUCAAUUCAUGCCUCAAGAUCUAUCCCAGUAAGCUUCGCUCCCGAUGGUCCGGUCCAUUUAUAGUUGUUCAAGUUUUACCUUAUGGUGCUGUUGAGAUUCGUAAUGAGGCCACAACUACUAUGUUCAAAGUCAAUGGUCAACCCUUGAAGCCGUACUUGGAAGCUGACCCCAUUCCACCCCCAACUCAAAUCCCUUUUCCGAGACACUGA